GACCAACUCUGCGUUAGUUAGUAGCAUCCAAGGAGGCAGAAUAUGAGGGCACUUCUUCUCCCAGCACUUUUGCUGCUGGGAGCCAUUGGUACAGCCCAGGCAGACGAAGGAAGCUGUGACGGUCGUUGUGAUGCUGGAUUUGAUGCUGCAGAGAAAUGCCAGUGUGACUCCCUAUGUACAUAUUAUAGCAGCUGUUGUAGUGACUACAUCUCAGUUUGCAAACCUAGAGAAACCCGAGGGGAUAUAUUUGAAACCCCUGAAGAUUAUGAAUACUAUGAGAUUGUAUCAGGAAUUCCUGCAGUGGAAAACUCAGUUGAUGAUGUGGUAACCCCCUACCCUGAUAUCAAAAAAACAACUACAAUUACAGAGAUAAAUGGUGCCACAGAAACGGUAUCGACACCUGAGCCUACAACUCCAGAACCAACUACAGAUCAGCAUGAAGAGCCUUCUGAUAAAGACAAGGAGACCUGCAGUGGGGAACCCUUUAAUGCAUUUACCAAGUUAAAAAAUGGCACCACCUUUGCCUUUCGAGGAAAAUAUGUUUUUGGACUUGAUGAAGACAGUGUACUAAAUGGAUAUCCCAAGCUAAUUAAGGAUGUCUUUGGCAUAGAUGGCCCUAUUGAUGCUGCCUUCACUCGCAGUAAUUGCCAAGGAAAGACCUAUCUGUUUAAGGGAGAUAAAUAUUGGAGGUUUUCUGAUGGCGUCCUUGAUGAUGACUUCCCGCGUGACAUCGAUGUUGGCUUUGACAGCAUCCCCAAUUCUAUUGACGCUGCCUUUGCUCUGCCUGCAAAUAAUUACAAGGGAAAAGAAAAGGUUUAUUUCUUCAAAGGAAACAAAUAUUGGCCGUAUGAGUUCCAAAAGCAGCCAACAUGGAAAGAAUGCCAAGGCUUCUCUCCCUCUGAGUCAUUCAGAAGUUAUGCAACGCUGCAGAUGGACAGCUGGGAAGAAUUCUUUAAUCAGCUUUUUGGACCCAAAAUACGUGUCACCAAAGGUCCCCUAUACAUCAGUAGAGAUUGGAAGGGGGUUCCCAGUGGAGUGGAUGCUGUGCUCCCUGGCCGCAUAUAUGUCCCCCAACAGAAAAAAUCUCCCUUACGUCGUAGUAAGAGGAGAAAGUCUCGUCGUCGCCAGAAUCGUAUGAGGAAGACUACCAUUAUCGAUAUGUUGCUAGAUGAUGAUGAUGAUAUAGAGAGUGAUCCUGACUGGGUACCAUGGUCCAUCACAUCACUUUGCAAGCCCGUCCAGAAUGUAUACUUCUUCAAAAAGGAUAAAUAUUACAGAGUCAAUCUUCAAAGAAAAAGUGUAGACAAGGUUUAUCCACGUUACCCACGAUCUAUUGCAAAGUACUGGCUUGGUUGCAAUGAAACUAUAUCAGCUUAGCCAGAUUAAUAAUGCCUACAUUAUAUAAACAUGGAAUAUAAAUAUUUGCUUAUCUGACUGCUCCUUUUUUGGCAUCUUUUUUAUUUUUCCAAUGAAAUAAACCAUACUUACCACACAUUC